GUGAUGUCGAAGGGGAGAUGGAUAGACUCCUAAAUAGUAGAUGGAGAUCACCCUUUACUUUACUGUCGCCGUGACCGAAGCAGCUUCACUCCGAGUUGAUUGGCUGAUGAGCUACAACAUAAGUGAACUUCGGCCGCUCCCAGAUCUGGAACUGGGCGUCUGUGUGUGGCAGCAAGGAAGGCAGAGACAAAAAGACACGUACCACGGACUGAACAGAUGGGAUCCUCCAAACAGAUGCCAUUGUUCCGAAAAAGUUAGAAUGCAAGAAGAAAGAUCCAAAAGACGCUAUGGCUGACGAUGUCUGUGGACUCAGAUAAGUCCCGCAUGCUGCUGUCACCGCGAGACUCGCGGACCACGCCAUGUGUCUUUCAACCGGCUGAGGAGAAGGAUGACAUCCCCGGUGUUGGGGACGAUAGUGUUCUGGAGAUGCUGAGCUACUCCAAGUUCUCUGACCUGGAGACAUGGCUGUGCAUGCCCUCCACUCUGCUCCCCAGGGCCCUAGAGUCCACCCUGUCCACCUCCUCCUCCUCCUCAAACACAUCCGUCCCUUCGAACCCUUGUUUCUCUACCUGCAGCGACACCAGAAGGCGGGCCAUGCCGGAAAGGCCUCAUGGGAGCGAGGUGGCGUUCCUCAAAGCAGCGCUCGGGACGGAAACCCCCUUCCUCAUGACACCCCUCGGCCCCAUCCUCUCCUCCACCCCCUGCUCGGCCGUUGGCACGGCGACGACCUCCACCUCGCCGACGACCUCCACCUCGGGAAAGACCCCUACCUCUGCAAUGAGCUCUGUCUCUGCAAAGAACCCCACCUCGGCAAAGACCUCCGCCUCGCUGAUGACCUCCACCCCUGCAAAGAUCUCCACCUCAUCAAAGAACCUCCCCACCUCGUCGAAGACCUCCACCUCGCUGAUGACCUCCACCUCGUCAAAGAUCUCCACUUCGUCAAAGACCUCCACCUUGCCGAAGACCUCCACCUUGGGGAGAGCCUCUGCCUUGACCUCCGCCUCGGGGAAGACCUCGACCUCAGCAGAGACUCCCCCCAGCCCCUCCACCUCGCCGGCGGAGCCCGUCCCCUCCCUCCAGGGAGGGGUAAGUGUCAGGAAGCGCCGACGGCUGGGGGCCAGUCCUGGUGGGCUUCGCUGGAAUGCAGGAGGCUCCGUUCUGCGUGACUUCGGGGCCCUGGAGCUGUCUCCUGUGUCGGGCCCCGGGGCCAAUGGGGGGACAGGAAGACCAGUAGCAGCAGCAGCAGCACGAGGAGGAGGAGGAGGAGGAGGAGGAGGAGGAAGUAGAAACCGAGUUGCGAGUGGAGGAGGAGGAGCAGCGUCCACGGCAUCAUCAUCGACGGUGGAACCGGCGGUCCCGGCGAGAUCUGAGGAUCACGUGGCGCUGCGGAAGGCGGUAUCCGUUGACGACCGGCUGCUCAGGCCGCCCGGCUGGGAGCUGCAGCAGGCCGGGUUGCUGGGUCACCUGGAAAAGGGCAGGAAGAAGCUCCGCGGCAUCCAGAGUCUAGGGACGACCGGCCGCUACGAGACAAAGAAGAAAUCGGAGAGUAAGAUCUCACGCCUGGCCCAGAAGUGGAACCGGCGGUCUGAGGGGGAUGCUCUGAUCAAAGACCUGAGACCCCUGUUCUACACGGGAGCCUGUGGAACCUCUCUUAGCCUGGACAGCAGAAGGUUUCCCGUCAGCAUGACCCAGCCGAUGCAGAGCCUGCAGCUGACCCAGAGCAGGAAGGUUCCGGGGGGCCCGGCGUCCCCGAGCGCCGCCAAGCGCCUCUACAGGAACCUCUCGGAGAAGCUGAGGGGCAGCACAUCCUCCUUUGAGGAAACAUACUUCUUCGGCAAGUCCGACCGCCUGCGCAAAGCAUCGACUAUGCAGGGCAGCGACUGCAUCCUGGAGGCGGUGGAGCAGCAGGACCUGGACACUGUGCAGAUCCUGCUGUACCAGUACACGGCCGACGAGCUGGACCUCAACACCCCCAACAGCCAGGGCCUGACCUCCCUGGACAUCGCCAUCAUGACCAACAACACCCCCAUCGCCAAGCUCCUGCUGAAGGCCGGCGGCAAGGAGAGCCCCCACUUUGUGAGCGUGGAGAGCCGCGAGGCCCACCUGAGCUCCCUGGUGGUGGAGGCGGAGCGGAGGGCAGACGAGCUGGCCAUGCAGGCCCAGAAGGAGGGCCUGUCCCUGGACGCCUGCCACAAGGACAAGCAGCUCCGCGCCUGGGAGUGGAGGAGCAAGCUGUACAAGCGCAUGCGCACAGGCUUCCAGCACGCACGUGCCCCGGAGACCCCGUCUCUGGUUCGGCUGAACGUGAGCAGCAGUACCUCGCUGACCGUCACCUUCCAGGAACCCCAGUGUCUCAACUCCACCGUGGUGACCAAGUACAGAGUUGAGUGGAGCUGUCUGAAAGAUUUCUCUCUUCUGGCUGGAGAGAUGGUGUUGGACAACCUGCAGACUUUGAAGUGCAUCAUCAACGGCCUGACGACGGGGCGGUUGUACUAUGUCCGGGUCUCUGCGUACAACAUGAAGGGCUGGGGCCCCACGGCACCUUCCCUUCCUCCAUCUGCUGCACCCUCCAACUGGCGGGACGGGGACGGAACAGAGCCCAGGAGGCGGGGCCAAGUCGAGGCCAUGGAGCGUCUGCUCCAGCAGGUCCGGGCCACACACACACACUACUGCUGCGGAGACUCCUCCAAGCUUCAGAACCCGAGCAGGAAGCAGUCCGUCUCAAGGAGUCUCAAACACCUCUUCAACUCUUCCAACAAGUUUGUGAAAACAUUGAAAAGGGGGAUCUACCUGGCUGCUGUGUUCUAUCACAAAGACAGUCUGCUGGUGACGGCUGAGGACCAGAUACCCAUCGUGGAAGUGGAUGAUUCCUAUAGCAGCUCCCUCAUGCAAGAUUUCCUCUGGUUUACGAAGCUGUCGUGUAUGUGGGAGGACGUGCGGUGGCUGAGACAGAGCAUGUCCGUUUCCAUGUCCUCCUCCUCCACCCUGCAGGCCCGACACAAGAUGCUCACCGCCGCCGGGCAGCUGCAGAACCUCCUGGGAACUCACAACCUGGGCCGGGUACACUACGAGCCCAUCAAGGAUCGCCACGGCAACGUGCUGCUGGUGACGGUGCGCGACAUGGAGAGCCAGUACUCGUUCUUCAGCGGGAAGUGGAUGCAGGUGACCAAGCUGCAGAGCCAGAGGAAGUCCCUGUCCACGCCGGAGGAGCCCUACGCCCUGGACAUCCUCAUCAUCACCAUACAGGACAUCCUGUGGUACCAGCGGCGCAGUGCCCACCGGCUCUCCCCGGGCCUGUACCUGGGCUACCUAAAGCUCAGCAGCUCCGUGGACCAGAUCAAGGUGCUGGUGUCCCAGCGGUCGCCCAACAUGCUCUGUCACGUGCGCGUCCGGGAGAACGCCAACGUCUCCAGGGAAGAAUGGGAUUGGCUCCAGAACCAGUCUGUCACAGAGGAGGCAGAGAAGGAGGAGAAGACGGAGGUAGAGGGUCAAGGGGCGGAGGCUGAGGACGAGGGGGCGGGGCCCAGGAUAGAUGGCCACACCCCUUUGCUGUACUACGAACUGCAGACGGCCCUAAAGUCCCUGCUGAAGGUGAUCAACCUACCUCUGCUCCAGGCGAAGCAGUUCCGCGUGUACGGCCAGGAGGUGCUGGAGCUGGGCCACGGGGUCUCCUUCCUGCUGCUGCUGCCCUCGUCGGACGACGUGUGCACCGCCCCGGGACAGGCCAACGCCUACACCCCCCACUCCGGCUUCCUGCACCUCCCGCUGCAGAUGUUCGAACUAGUCCACUUCUGGGCCUACAAGGAGAAAUUCAUCAGCCUGUACUGUCGCUUAUCCUCCGUGCUGGACCUGGACGCCCUCAUUACCCAGCAGGCAUUGCGGGAGGCCAUUACCGACGUGGAGGUGUCCGGAGCCAAACAGAGGCACCAGCUCAUCCUGGACUACAUACAGCAACUGGACGAGAUGUGGCGGGACCUGCGGUGGAUCACGGAUGCGCUGCAGUACGCCCGCUACAAGCACCCGCGCGGCGGCGUGCCCAUCACCUGCCUGGUGAGCGCCACCCGGACAGAGAGCGACCCUCAGGACCCCAAGACGGACUCCACCUCCUCCACCAUGGAUUACCUGCCCACCCCGUCGCCCUCGCCCGAACUCCGCCGGCGCACCGCCGCCAACGACACGGCGCUGGGCUCUGAUGACGACGGCUCCUCGGAGGUGUUCCUGCCCACCGACAGCGACUACGACUCCAGUGACGCCCUGAGCCCCCGGGACAUGGACCUGCUGUACUCCUCGGCCCAGGACCUCUCCACCCAGGCCCUGCACUCACUGGGGGGCAGCGCCCCCGACGUGCUCCAGAUCCACGAGAUCAGGUACAGUGUUUGCUCCCCCAAAGACUUUCCUUUCCCCCCGCUGCCUGGCAGCGUGGGCCCCCUCUCUCCGUUCUUCGGCGCUCCUCUCUCCCCCUGCCUCCUCCCCCACUCGUCCUCCCUCUCCAAGGACCUGGCCCUCUCCCCCUGCACCCGGCGCCGCUCCCCCUCGCUCUCCAAAACCUGCCCUAUCUCACCCUCCUUCCCCCUCUCCCCCAGAUUCUCCAAAGAUAUGCCCCUCUCUCUCCCCCUCUCCCCCUCCCCGGUGGACGCCGCCGCAAAGACCCUGGAGACCCUCUCCCUGUCCCCCGGCGACCCGGACCCCCGGCCCCCCGCCACGCCCCUCCGCGCCCUGGCCAACCCCCCCAGCAAGCGCAAGCUGCUCUCCCGGAGCCACAGGGGCCAAUACUUCAGCGGGCCCCAGCGCUGGCUCAGGGGACACGGCGGCGGCGGCGAGGGCCACACGGGCUCCCUGUCGGAGGGCGUGUACACCAGGCAGAGGAACCCGGACCUCCCCGGCCCCGGGGAGCUGGCGUCCCCUCAGGGGCCCCCCUUCGUCAGCCAGUCGUCCUGCCUGCUGCUGGAGAGCCGGCGGGGCCGCCACAGGGACCAGCGGCCCCAUGUGCGCCGCAUCUUCGUGGAGCCCUGCAAGGAGGUGUCCCCCGGGCACGAGAGCCAGCGCUGGAGGGAGGAGAGGGACGGAGAGCCGGAGGAGGAGGAGGAGGAGGAGGAGGAGGACGGGGAGCAGGGGGAGGAGCGGGAGGAGGAACAGGGGAGGAUGGAGGUGAUGGGAAGGGGCGCGGGCGUGUCGGUGGUGGUGCUGGAGGAGGCGGAGUCUGGAGGGGAAGGGGAGGGGCCGGACGAGGCGGAAGCGGAAGGCGGCGGCGGCGGCGACCAGGACUCAGACGACCAGAGCAAUGAGCAGCUCUCAGAGAUUCUGAGCAGCACGCUUUAAGGGUCAAAGGUCGGACGGGGGCGCACCGCAUUAGACUCAUCCACACAUCCACCUCUGCAAUGUGUCUGCCCUGCAUCAAACCCCCAGCAUGAGCUCCAGGUGGGACCACUGCAGACCUCUCACAGAGGGGGUGCUCACACUCUCAACAAAGAUACAAACUGAAGUUGCAGGUUCAACUCCCUGUCCGUCUCAAGACUCCCAUGGCACGACUGUUAACGUUGGUAAUAAUACAAGAAACGAUUCUUCAAUGCAAUGAUGAAGGAAAAAACAAGCACUGCUUCUCCAAACAGGAACUUGCACAAGACUGUACAUCCACCAAAAAAAGAUUUACUACAAAUAGGUAUAUGUCUAUAUAGAUAUACGUAUAAGGAGCUGAAGGAGAUUAAGACUGAUUUCAUGGCGUUUUACAUUUUGUUUAGUUUUGUUUUUAUUCGGUUGUAAAGUAUUCCGUAAACACGUUUUCUACAGAGGAAUCCCCCCUCACCCCAUCACUAACAUCAGAGCAUGCAGUCUGAUCCCAACGCUCGCUCCAGUGACGUGAAUGUAUUUCCUACAUUUAAUUUCGUCAUUUUCUGUGGAUAUUGUUGCAUCAAAUCAUGAUCUCUCUCUCUCUCCCUCUGACUCUCUGUCUCUCUCCCUCUCUCUCUCUGUCGCUCCGUCUCUCUCUCCCUCUCUCUCUCUCUCUCUCUCUCUCCCUCUGCUUGGAUGUGUUAUCGAUAUCUUCUGGUGUUGCUUCUGCUGCUGCUCUGAUCUACUCGUAUUUUCUUUCGAUGUCCGACACUAUAUUUUUAUGGCACAAUUGUAUUAAAAUAAAUAUCCAGUAUAUUCCUUACUCCCCCGCCCCUCUUCUAGAAGAGAGGAGCCAGCCGAGUCACCUCUAAAGGAUAUGAACACAGCACUAUUACACUAAAAAACAUAUAUAUAAUCCCCUAACCCCGUAAAGAUUUGCAUUUAUUAAAGAUGACUCCUCCCCCAUGCCGUCCGCCCUGUUUAUAUGAAAGUAUUUUUUUAUCGCGUUUUCCCAGAUGUUGCUAUGGUCCCUUCAGCAUCCCGAGGUGGAGGUUGUGUUGCGUGUUCAGUAGGCAUGAUGUUCACUGGGUUUGUGGAUUACCUGUGUUACCCGUGUGUGUCUUGGGACUUAACAGCUUAGUGUCCGCUUGUGCCUCUUCCUCGUCCUCGCAUGACGACAUCAAGGAGAUGCUCCGAGUCCAUUUCCGUGGUUACCGUUUCACAAAAAGAAAAAGAGAGAAAAAAAAAAACUGUCUGCACUUUGCCUUAUGGACUUGUGUGUUGGCAAAUUUUGAACGUGUUUUUGUUGUUUGUGUGUGUGUGUGUGUGUGUGUGAGAGUGAGUGUGUGUGCAUCCGUGGGUGUGCCGGGUUUAAUUAUGUUUGACCGUUUGAUUCAUUGGGGUUUUUCUUGUUUAUUUUGUACAGUUGUAUCAAAGGGGCUUUGAUUCAACCUGGCUGUGUUCGCAUGGCAGACUGCACCACAGACAACAACCGUGACCUUUACAUUUUGGGGGGUAUUUAGAAAAAAAACAGCAAGAGAGACGCCCACCCCAGCACCCAGUACUCCGUGACGGUUUGAGAGCUUGUCGAACAUGCACCCUCUUCAACUGAUGCACAACGGAAUUGUGUUUUUAAUGUUGCUGUCUUAAAUAUUUGCACAGUUAGCCAAUACGGAAUGAAAGCUAACUUGCAUUGUGUUGUUGUUGUGGAUGCAAUGGGGCAUUACUAAUGGGGCAGCUUGCAUUAUUCACGUCUGACCAAACAUAUUUUGGGUACCUGCUCAUAUGGGGCUCCUAUCAGGUUAAGCUGUUUUAGUAGUAAAAAGAUAAUAGCGAUCACAUUUUUUAAUGGCAUUCAGGAAAAUUCAAUUUAUUUGAUUCUAUAUUUGAUAUUAAAUGUCGGACUUCACUGUCCUCCAUCAUUCAGGUGAUCAUGACUUAGUCCUAUCAAAUCUAUAAGUACUCUCCUUAUGUCUGGAAUAGGACGCAAAGGUUAUCAUUCUAAGACACUUUACAUAAAAUUUAGAAAAAAUAAACAACUUUAUUUAACUAACACUAAUAUGAAUUAUCUCAAAAAGUCUGAUAAACUUGGAUCUUAAGUCAACCUUAAGUAUGUUGCGCCUUUAUGCAACACAAUGCGUAGGGAUGGUAGUCAUUUUAAGCAACCGUUCAUGUUGUUCAUAUCUCGUUGCAUAUGUUGUUGUUGCAGUGUGACGAUUCACUCAAGCUAUACCAAUGCUAUCCUUAUUUUUACAUGAUCACCCUUUGCACAUACAAACAGCCAAAAACUGAGAAGAACCUCAUAUCCUCUAUCUCUCCACCACAAUCACAUAUCUAUCCUCAGUGCCGUUGUACCCUAAAAUAUUUGCUUCAAGUUGUGCUUUUAACUUAUUUGCUGUAAAGAAAAUAUUUUUGGGGCGGUUUUGAUUUUGGAUGAAGUGCAUACGUGGUUUUUCCUGUGUUUUAUUUUUUAUAGUCUCAGUCUCACAUGAAUGGAUUUAUUUCAGAAAUGGAAAUAAAUGUUGCCCCAUGUGGAAGUUGUACACAAAUA